AGUUGAAGUUUCAGGCGGGCUAGUUUGAAAUAAACAAGAUGGAUUUGAUAUCUGCGCUGCAGUUCCUAAAGUUACACGAAAUCCCAAAAGCCUGGGUGGAUGCAGUGUGGGACUUGGAGUUCACAGAGAGGAAACCACUAGAUGAACCUUUAGAGGAAGAUCUCGCUGCCAGUGGACACAAGGCCUUCAGAAACCUCUAUCAGUGUUUACUGGCUCAUGCUGCUGAGCAACAACACUCUGUAGGGAAUGAUGGAGCUUCAUUGAGUAUCUGGGUGAUUCUUAAUGAAAACGGCAUGUCGGUUAAGACUCUGGUGGCGGUGCUGUCCCUCUUCGUUCUGAGGGUGAAGACCAAAGUGCCCAGCGUCAAGCAGAGGGUGAGCGGACUGUACGCUGCCUCGCUCUACUUGCUGCUGCUGGGAAUCCCAGGCAGCAUUUCCAACCAAGGUUUCCAUGAAGUUUUAUUGGACACAUGCUCUGACCUGACCUCACACUGCUGGCCUCAGGACUCUGGGAAGAAACGCAAGAAGGAUGGUCUGAAGAACUCCCAGACGGACGGAAAACGUUCAAAACACCAGAGAAAAGAAACUGCAGAGAUGGAAGUGGAUGAGGAAGAGGAGGAAGAGGAGGAGCUUAAUUUCUCUAAACAGGACCUGAUGAAGAUGAGAGAAGCUGUUGCUCAUUUGGUUCAAAGCCUUCUCAGACUCCUGCAAACAUUUCCACUGAAAGACAUGCCUCUGACUGCCAGCAACUUCACACAGAUCUUCAGUAAGCUGCUUUACUUUGAACCUGUCAUCUGCGAGCUGACCUUCGCAGCUCCACAAGAUGUCACACAGCUGAGGAGUGUUCCAGAGAUGGCUUUCUACGGCCUGAAGCUGCUCUGCUCACCAAAACAUGGAGACCAGAAAGACUCCCUGCGCAGGGUGUUUCACCGGCUUCUCUACGUCAUCCUGAUGAUGAAUAAAGGAAACCACAGGAAGCCUUCCCUCCUCGUACCCAGCCAGGCCAUCCUUUCCACCCGAAACCAGGCCAUUCACUUUGUUUGUCAUCUCGUGGAGGAGCUGAAAGAGCUGGCAGAGCCUUUCCUUGAAAUUCUUCUGCAGCAUAUCUGUUUCCAGAUGGUGGAGAAAAGUGAGUUUAGAAUCCAUGGGGCCCAGGCUGUGGGCAUGUUAGUGUCUCAGAUGGCAAGUCCAGACUACGCCUGCUUCAUCAAGUGGCUGUUUAACUACUCCAGACACUCAAAGAUGGUGCACCGGCUGUUCUCGGUGGAUGUGGUGAUGGUUUUACUGGAACAGCCGGAGAGGAAGUUGGAGGAAUGUCAGGACCCGGAGCUCGCCAGCUUCCUGCCACACAAGUUCCUGAUCCAGAACCUGCUGUUUGCUCGGCGGAUGGAUGAAUCACCAACCGUCCAGGGCCACGCGCUGUCCUGCCUGGCUCAGUGCCUGGAGCUGCCCUCGCUCAAUGUCACCCGGGCGGUCCACAAUCUCUUUUCUGCCACUGGGACCCAGAUCAUCUUGGAAGGUGAACUCACAGAAGGAACUCUCGGCUCCCAGAACAAUCAGAAAACCUACCGAACUCUGCCGUUCAGGACUGUGGAGAUCAGCAGUGCUGACAGCUUCAGCUGUGAAGCUAAAGAGAACCUGGCUCAUCUUUUCCGCCGAGUGAAAGAUUCAAAGAUUAACGUGCGGAAAGCGGCUCUGCAGGCCUUGCUGGGUCUCCUGAAACACGGUGUAAUCCCCCUGAACUGGGAGAAUCUGGAGAGCCUGUCCGAGCGCAGCAGAGACCCUGCUGUGUCCGUGAAGAAGAAGGCCUUACAGUGUGUGGCAGAGCUGCUCGCUGCUAAGCCAGAGAGCAGGCUGGUCCAGAAGGCCUGGCUGCAUGGUGUGGUGCCUCCGGUGGUGGACUCUGAGACCUCAGUGCAGGAUAAGGCCUUAGAAGCUCUGAAUCAGGUGAUCCUCAGUCAGGUGAAGCGGUACUCUGCCAGCCGCCACAUGGAGGCCAGUGAGAGGCUGACCUGGGACCUGCUGGGCCUGCUGUGUGAUGAGUGCCAGAACCUGAGCCAAUAUUUCAGUAGAGCCUUCACCAUCUGGUCCAAACAGAAUAAGUUUACAUCCGCCUUCAUCACCAACCUGAUCUCACACACGGAGGCCGAUCACGCUGCCGGGGCCUGGCUGCUCCUCUCCAAGGUGGUCACUUCAUCCCCCAGACUGCCGUAUGAGAAGAUCCUGGAUGCCUGGGACACCAUGGUCAGUUCAAAAGAGGUGAACGUGACAACCUGCUGUCACAUUCUGUCUGUUGUGGGAGACAUUGCAGCUCAUUUGAAUGAAGACACCAAGGACAGGAUAGUUGCUGAUCUGAUGUCAUGGUUGAAGACCUUCGCUUUAUCUCUGGAAGUGAUCAGUGCUGCUGUGCAGACGCUUUACCAGCUUGGCUCCAGCGAGGAGAUCAAACAGACUCAGGCUUUUCUGAACCAGCACUGUGGUGAACUGGUGUCGACCUGCGAGGCGUAUUUAGCCGACAUCGUCCUCAAUGAAAACGGAGCCCAAAACCUGAACGAGGAGCUGAUGAUUAAACACCUUCACACGCUGGGUGUUGCAUCUCUCCACUGUCCUGCCAGGGUUGGAAAGAAGACGGUGCUGCUGGUGGAAUCUGUCCUCACAGCUCGUUUGGACAAACUGAAAGAGUGCCAGGAGGAGCUCCCAGCCUCGCUGCCUCUCUCUCAGUUCAGAGAAAACUUCCUGCCCUCCAGGGUCAAAGCACAUGGAGUCAUCACGUUAGGUAAACUGUGUCUCCAGCACGAGGAACUUGUCCAGAAGUACCUGCCAGUGUUUGCCAGGGAGCUCGAGGUCGGCACAGAGGUUGCUGUGCGCAACAACAUAGUGGUGAUCAUGUGUGAUCUGUGUGUUCGCUACACCAACAUCGUUGAUCACUACAUCCCCAACAUCUCCACCUGCCUGAGAGACGAUGUAGCGGUCAUCAGGGAGCAAACGCUCAUCAUGCUGACCAACUUGCUGCAGGAGGAGUUUGUGAAGUGGAAGGGGUCCCUCUUCUUUCGCUUUGUGUUGACUCUGGUCGACUCCGUCCCUGCUAUCGCCAGUCUGUGUGAAUACUGCCUCCUCCACCUCCUGCUCAAGAAGAACCCAGAAAUGUUCAGCCAGCACUUCAUCGAGUGCGUCUUCCACUUCAACUCCUACACCAAACACAAGUCCUACAACAGGUUCCCCCAGAGUGAGAGAGAAAAGGUUCGGUUUUCCCUCAAAGGAGCCCAACACAGUGAGAAGCGUUUCCGGAUCUAUCGCUUCCUCUUGGAGCACUUCACCAAUGCCCAGCGAUUCAACAUCAUCAAAAAGAUCAACCACAGCGUCUUAGCAUGCUUUGCAGACGGGGAGCUGCCUCUGGAUGCAGAUGGUGCUGAAAUCUUGUCUGAGACCUUUAAAGUCCUGAGUAUGAAGGAGAUGAAGCUGCAGGCCAUCUCUGCUCCAGCAGCUGGAGCUGCAGGGGAGGAGCCGGAGGAGGGGAACAUGGCCGUCAUGGCCAGAGCUGUGCUCCAGGCGGCUCAGGAGAAAGUCGUGUCUCAGGUCCAGAAGAAGGCCUUCAUAGAGGACACGGUUCCUUUAAUCAUCAGCCUGAAGAGCCUGCUGGAGCAGAAACGGUCCCCCAUCCUUGGAGACCUCAUGGCCUACCUCCAGGUGACCAUGCAGGACUACCGAAACGAGGUCAAGGAGUUGUUCUCCGGAGACGAGCAGCUGGCAGCUGAAGUGGAGUUUGCUUUCCAGACGGCAGAAAAGGAAAAAGAGAUGCAGAAGAGGAUGAAGAACUGCAGCCUGGUGGGAGACCCCAAAACACCUGCUGAACCGGGUUCAGUCCAGGGUUCUCCAGCCAGGCGGAGGCCUCUUCUACCUUUCACCUUUAACACACCACAGCCCCCUCGACCAGUCUACCCGUUAACCAGACUGACGCUGACUGAUCGCCGUGCGUCCAGACCCAGGCAAGAGGAACGAGGCCAGUCCAGGUCUGUGGCUCUGGAAGGAACAGUGAUGUUAAAAGGAGCUGCGAACAACAGAGCCUUCAGCACACCAAAAGGCAACAACAUCAACUUAACCUUUAAUGAAGGACUCAGCGCCAUCUUAAGUGAUCAAGGAACAAGUCUGAGUGAGGACACCAGCGUCCUUCAUGUCCAGCCAAAGGGACAGGAAGCUCCUGGACCGAGGCAGUGGAAUGUGCAGUCUCCUCUCCGCCAAAGAAAAAGAGUUUAGCUGUUUUACAGCUGAACUCUUAUUACUUGUAAUGUCGGUAUUUCUGUCCCAUUUGUAUUCUGACAUUAAUGUUUGUAUUUGUGUCUCUGUCCUUCAUUUUUUAACAAUAAAGCUUUGACUGUUCAUCAACA